AUGGCGCCAUUGCAACUCUUUGAAGAACUUCGAACUCGUGGAGAGGGGAGUACCGAUACAAAAGACCAAUGGUACAUUGUCGCCGCUACUGCUCUGGCGGCUGCAGAUGCCGGUCCUGAUGUGACCGAGCUCUAUCAGAUGGCGACAAAGGGCACAAGCCUUGCUGAGGAGAAGCAUAUACAAAGGAGACUAAAAGAAGCGAUUUUAAAAACCAGCCUUCUGUAUGGAGUCCCUCGAUCUCUCCGGGCUCUAUUGCCCCUUUUUUCCAGUUUGAAGGAGGAACAGAUUGACAAUUACGGCCCGCGAACCGAAGCUUUGAAAAAUGGCGAGACAGAUUCGGAGAGACGUGAUCGCGGUCGUCGACAUUUUGAAAUUCUAUGGACACCAGCUGCCGCGCAAGCAAACAGAGAAAAUAAUUUCAAAUACCAAACGGAUCUGGAAACUGUUUACGGAUUAUGGCUUAGUGAAGACACCAUUUUAAACCCAGUGGAGACUCAAAUGUGUACCACUGUGGCCUUGAUUUGCUCUGGAUCUCCUCAACAGGCACUGUGGCAUACCCGAGGCAUUAUAAGGCAUGGAGGGAGCCUAGAGAUGGCGCGGUUCGCACAAGAUUUGUCUUUCAAGAUUGGGAAUGCGUACGGAAUCAACGUCGACGGGGUGACCAAGGUGGACGAUAUCGACUUUGAGGAUGAGAGACCCCAUUAA